AUGCCGUCGGCGCGUGCUAAUGCUUUGUGCCGUAGGAAGGGAACUUCUUUCUUGAGCCGCUUUGGCAUGCGGAGCGCCUUCAGGAGAUACGACAACGAUGCGCCCGACUCCGACUCCGAGCUGGGCGAGCAGCGCACCGAAGGGAGCAGCGCCCGCGCGCCCAUGUCCGUCUUGAGCGAAGGCGGCGGCUACAUUCCGCUUUACAAAGAACCUCCCCGCUACAUUCGCGUAAAAGCUCACAACAGCAGACGUCGGGAUUUUAACCGCUUGUUCCUUGCACAAGAGCUGCUCGGGCCCAAGCCGGACAAGGACGACGAGCCGUCGCAUGGCCGCGUUCCUGCCACAGCCGUAGGCACGAAACUUCUCAAGGCGGGUGAUGCGAUCUGGGCCGCUGAAUUUAGCCUCGAUGGGCGCUACCUUGCCGUGGCGGGCAAGGACCAGGUGGUUCGCGUCUUUGCCGUUAUCUCGACCGAGGAGGAGCGCAGGGCACACGAGGCGGAGGAGGAGGCCGAUAGAGAAGCGCAGGGCAAAACUAAGGGAGAGCGGCUCAGCGCACCCGUCUUUCGGAACAAGCCGGUUCGCGAGUUCCAGGCGCAUACCGGAGAAGUGCUGGCUCUCUGCUGGAGCAAGAACAACUUCCUCCUGUCGACCUCGAUGGACAAGACGGUAAGGCUUUGGCAUGUCAGCAGACAGGAAUGCCUCGCUACGUUUGCGCACCACGAUCUGGUCACCUCGAUCGCAUUCCACCCCACCGACGACCGAUAUUUCCUGGCGGGCUCUUUGGAUGCGCAGCUGCGACUGUGGAACAUACCAGACAGGACCGUGGCCUUUUCCGCUUCUGCCAACGAAUUCAUCACGGCCGUGGCCUUUACCCCCGACGGCACCAUGGCCAUUUGCGGCGUCUUGAGCGGCAUGUGCUCCUUCUACGAGACGGAGGGGCUCAAGGUCAAGUUUCAAAUCCACGUCCGAUCGUCCCGGGGCAAGAACGCAAAGGGCAGCAAGAUCACGGGCAUCAAGACAGCCACGGCGGCCGGCACCAACGAGGUCAAGGUCCUGAUCACGUCCAACGACUCUCGCGUCCGCAUCUACAACCUGGACUCGCGGGCUCUCGAAGUUAAGUUCAAGGGCCUGGAGAACCAGUCCAGCCAGAUUCACGCGCACUUCAGCGACGACGGCACCUACGUCAUCUGCGGCAGCGAAGAUCGCAAGGCGUACAUCUGGAACACGAAUGCGGCGGAAGCCGACGCAAAGGACCGCCAGCCCUACGAGUCCUUUGAUGCCCACCCCGAAGUUGUCACCGCGGCGCUGCUGGCCCCCACGCGCACCAGGCAGCUGCUGAGCGCAUCGGGGGAUCCCAUCUUUGACCUGUGCAACCCGCCUCCGGUGCUGCUGCGCAGCCUCGACGAGGCCGCUCUCAGCCAGACGGAGGUGUCGGAAGCCGGGACCGAAAUCCACCACCCGGCGCCGCCGCCGUCGAGCGUCAAGAAGCCGGAGGAGAGCCCGGCCUACCUGGAGCGCUGCAAGCAUCUGGAUGGCAACAUUAUCGUCACGACGGACAGGACCGGCACGAUCAAGGUAUUCCGCCAGGAUUGUGCAUACCUCAAGCGCCAGCAAAACAUGUGGGAGCUGGGCUCCAAGUUCUCGAGCAAGGUGAGCGGGCUGGGACGAAGCGGCAGCAUCAUCACCAGGACGAGCGGCAGCGUGUCGAGGCGGACCUCGCUCAACUUGAGCGCGGGCCAGGCACAGCACCCGUCUGACCGCAUCAUUAGCUGGCGUCAGGAUGUUGGCGACGAAGGGCCUGCAAACGUCAGCGUGACCUCGGCGAGGAGCGAGCGGUCUGCGUCGCCGAGGAAAAUCCCCAGGCGCCCGGCCAACCUCUCGUCGACUGCGAGUCCCGCAGCACAAGCCCGAAAGCCACUCGCUUCGGGCGGCGGCUCCUCACCGGCGCGCCCGCAGAGAAACAGCCUCGCCAGCCCCACGGGUAGCAUA